AGAAAAAGGAAAAAGAAUAGUAGUCCGUCUCUGCAAAAACAAAACAUAUAAUAUCAUCACACCGUCAUCGUCUUCAAUUUACUUCCAUCAAAUCAAAUGAUCCAAAACCCUAAUUUCUCUUUUCUUCUCUGAUCAAAAUUGUUCGUUCCUCUCCCUUUUCAUCUUAUCUUUCCGAUAUCGGAAUGCUUAUUUUCUGCUCGCCAAUCGAAUUUUCCUUAGUUUAAACCCUAUUUUCUUCAUCUUCUAGGGUUUCGACAAGGGGGAGAGUGAAAGAUAUACAUACAUACACACGAAAGGGUUAAAGAUGUCUCUUCCGCUACUGGAGUGUAAGUACGUGACGGAGGAGUUUGUUCGUGAAGGUAAGAAUGGCAACUAUGGAACCAAGCUGCCCAGCUCUGUACCGAUGCUUCGUUUCCUCUACGAGCUCUCUUGGAUUUUGGUUCGUGGCGAAUUGCCAAUUCAGAGCUGCAAGGCAGUGUUGGACGGUGUGGAGUUUUUGGAUAAGCCAUCCAAGGAAGAGUUAGCUUCUUGUUUUGCGGAUGUUGUGACUCAGAUAGCUCAAGACCUUACCAUGUCGGGAGAUCAACGUUCUCGCCUAACCAAAUUGGCGAAAUGGCUUGUGGAAUCACAGACAGUCCCUCUAAGGCUUUUCCAAGAGCGUUGCGAGGAGGAGUUUCUCUGGGAAGCUGAUAUGGUUAAAAUAAAGGCCCAAGAUUUGAAGGGGAAAGAGGUGCGAUUAAACACUCGCCUUCUGUACCAGCAGACAAAGUUCAACUUACUCCGUGAAGAAAGCGAGGGAUAUGCCAAAUUGGUCACUCUUUUGUGCCGAGGAUCUGCAAGUUCUUCGCACAAUGCAUCAGCAGCAACGAUGGGAAUUAUCAAGUCAUUAAUUGGGCAUUUUGACCUGGAUCCAAACCGUGUUUUCGACAUAGUUUUGGAUUGCUUUGAACUCGAACAAGACUACGACACAUUUCUCAAUCUAAUUCCUAUCUUUCCUAAGUCUCAUGCUUCACAAAUUCUUGGAUUUAAAUUCCAAUACUAUCAGAGAUUAGAGGUGAAUAGCCCUGUUCCAGUUGGGCUCUAUAAGCUUACAGCCUUGCUAGUAAAGGAAGAGUUUAUCAAUCUUGAAAGCAUAUAUGCACAUCUGCUACCUAAGGACGACGAUGUUUUUGAAGAUUAUAAUGUUUCUUCUGCAAAGCGAUUUGAAGAGGCCAAUAAAAUUGGAAAAAUUAAUCUCGCUGCUACUGGGAAGGAUCUUAUGGAGGAUGAGAAGCAAGGAGAUGUCACAGUAGAUCUCUUUGCUGCUUUAGACAUGGAAAGUGAAGCUGUUACUGAGCGAUUACCAGAGCUUGAAAAUAAUCAGACUCUGGGUCUUCUUAAUGGUUUCCUCUUUGUGGACGAUUGGUAUCAUGCCAAUAUCUUGUUCGAGCGUCUUGCGCCUCUUAAUCCAGUGGCACACGAUCAGAUUUGUAGUGGCUUGUUUAGGCUUAUAGAGAAGUCAAUUACUCAUGCUUAUCGCAUUGCUCGUCAGACACGUGUUCAAAAUUCUUCUUCUGCGGGUACAGAUAAGAUCACACACACUGCUAAUAGGACUUAUCUAGAUCUUCCGAAAGAAGUGUUUCAAAUGCUUGUUACUGUUGGACCCUACCUGUACCGCAAUACACAACUGUUGCAGAAGAUUUGUAGAGUAUUAAGGGCUUACUACUUGUCGGCCUUAGAUCUUGUUCGCGAUGGGUCAAAUCAAGAAGGUAGUGCAUAUGAAGUUUCUCGUGUGCACCUGAAGGAAGUUAGGUUGAGAGUGGAAGAAGCUCUAGGAACAUGCCUUCUGCCAUCAUUACAGUUGGUACCUGCAAAUCCAGCAGUUGGACAUGAGAUUUGGGAAGUGAUGAGUCUCCUUCCAUAUGAGGCUCGUUAUCGCUUAUAUGGUGAGUGGGAAAAGGACGAUGAGCGGAAUCCUUUGUUGUUGGCAGCAAGGCAAGUGGCAAAGGAGACUAUUCUCGUAUGUCAGUUGGAUACUAGAAGAAUUCUGAAACGGCUUGCAAAAGAAAAUUUGAAGCAGUUAGGAAGGAUGGUGGCAAAACUAGCUCAUGCCAAUCCCAUGACGGUGCUUCGGACAAUUGUAAAUCAGAUUGAAGCAUACAGAGAUAUGAUUGCUCCUGUUGUGGAUGCCUUCAAGUACUUGACACAGCUUGAGUAUGAUAUCUUGGAAUAUGUCGUGAUUGAGAGACUGGCACAAAGCGGACGAGAUAAACUUAAAGACGACGGGAUUAAUUUAUCAGACUGGCUUCAAUCUUUGGCAUCAUUUUGGGGUCAUCUGUGUAAGAAGUAUCCAUCAAUGGAGUUAAGGGGUCUUUUCCAGUAUCUCGUGAACCAGUUAAAGAGGGGCCAAGGGAUCGAGCUUGUUCUUCUCCAGGAACUGGUCCAGCAGAUGGCAAAUGUACAAUACACUGAGAACCUUACCGAAGAUCAGUUGGAUGCCAUGGCAGGAAGUGAGACUUUACGUUAUCACGCAACAUCCUUUGGCAUGACGCGAAACAACAAGGCACUUAUCAAAUCAUCAAACCGUCUGCGAGAUUCGUUACUUCCAAAUGAUGAACCAAAGUUAGCUAUCCCCCUUUUGUUACUUAUCGCCCAGCAUCGUUCUCUAGUUGUGGUGAAUGCGGAUGCACCAUAUAUUAAGAUGGUCACUGAACAGUUCGACAGAUGUCAUGGAAUUCUUCUCCAAUACGUAGACUUCCUUUCUAGUGCUGUCAGUCCGGCUACUGCUUAUGCUCGGCUGGUACCUUCGCUUGAUGAGCUUGUUCACACAUACCAUCUCGAACCAGAGGUCGCUUUUUUGGUAUUUCGCCCUGUGAUGAGGCUCUUCAAGUGUCGACGGAAUGGUGAUGUUUCAUGGCCUUUGGAUAGUGGGGAAUCUAUGGAUGCGGAUUCUGAAAUAUCAGAGUCUGAGAGUUCCAUGAUUCUCGAUGUCGGUGCAUCUGAAAAAGCUGUAAAGUGGUCUGAUGUUCUUGAUACAGUAAGGACAAUGCUGCCCUCAAAAGCUUGGAAUAGUCUAUCGCCAGACCUCUACGCUACGUUUUGGGGGCUUACACUUUAUGAUCUCCAUGUUCCCAGAAAUCGUUAUGAGUCUGAGAUAUCUAAACAGCAUGCUGCUCUUAAGACACUUGAAGAGGUUGCUGAUAAUUCUAGUUCAGCAAUUACCAAGAGGAAAAAAGAGAAGGAAAGGAUUCAAGAGUCUCUUGAUCGUCUAACCGGUGAACUGAAAAAGCAUGAAGAACAUGUGGCUUCUGUCCGUAGAAGGCUUUCACGUGAAAAAGAUACAUGGUUGAGCUCCUGUCCUGAUACUUUGAAGAUUAAUAUGGAGUUCCUGCAACGUUGUAUUUUCCCUCGUUGCACAUUUAGCAUGGCAGAUUCUGUGUACUGCGCGAUGUUUGUACAUAUGCUUCACUCUCUUGGAACACCCUUUUUCAACACUGUCAACCACAUUGAUGUACUGAUUUGUAAAACGCUGCAACCAAUGAUCUGCUGCUGCACUGAAUAUGAAGUUGGAAGACUUGGGAGGUUUUUGUUUGAGACCUUAAAGAUUGCAUACCACUGGAAGAGCAAAGAAUCAGUCUAUGAGCAUGAGUGCGGAAACAUGCCAGGGUUUGCUGUUUAUUAUAGAUACCCUAACAGCCAGCGUGUCACAUUUGGACAAUUUGUGAAGGUACAUUGGAAAUGGAGUGGAAGAAUCACACGGCUUUUGAUCCAGUGUCUGGAGUCUAAUGAGUAUAUGGAGAUUCGUAAUGCCCUAAUUAUGUUAACAAAAAUAUCUGGUGUUUUCCCAGUUACUCGGAAAACUGGGAUAAACCUUGAGAAACGGGUAGCCAAGAUUAAAAAUGAUGAGCGAGAGGACCUUAAGGUUCUAGCAACUGGUGUUGCCGCUGCUCUGUCUGCAAGAAAACCACAUUGGGUUACAGACGAAGAAUUUAGCAUGGGCUUCCUUGAACUAAAGGCUCCGCCAGUACAUACUCCAAAACAUGCCUCUUCCCAUGCUUCUUCCCAGAAUGGCUUGUUAGUUGGUGUCUCCCAAGGUGAACCAACUGGGGAAAGAGCUACUAUUAACCAGCAGCCUGAGUCUGGUGGAUUGGGCAAGGACCAGAUGUUGAAAACUAAACCUCUAGAUGGAAGAACGGAAAGUAUACCUUCAAAAUCUGAUCAAGGACAUCUAAAAUCAAAGGGUGGCAAUCCAUUGGAUGCCCAACCUACCAUGUCUAGGAAGUCAAUGGAACAAAAGGAAACAGAUGAAACACCCCGAAUACCUGAUGAGAAUCCUGUCAAAGCUCCUUCUAAGUAUUCUGAAGCCGAGUUGAAACCUUCCUCUAAACGAAGUGCAUCGGUGAACAAAUCUACAAAGCAAGAUUUUGGAAAAGAUGAUGGAAAGUCCGGUAAAGCUGUUGGAAGAACAUCCACAGCUGACAAAGAUCUUAUUUAUCUGGAGAGCAGGCAAUCAGGUUUGACCAAAGCUCUUUCCAGCACAGCAGCCAAUGGUAGCAUAGCUACUGGGUCGUCCAAAGUAAAAGAUGAUGGUGCUGAAGCUUUGGAUGCACAAAAGCAAUCUUCUCGGACUGUUCAUUCCCCUAGGCAUGAAAUUGUCACUUCUGUGAGAUCGAGUGAUAGGUUACAAAAACGAACUAAUGCUGUUGAGGAUAGUGAAAGAAUAAGUAAACGUCGUAAAGGAGAUGCUGAGCACAAAGAGCAUGACAGUGAGCCUCGAUCGAGUGACCGAGAUAGAUCAGCAGAGGCUCGAUUGGAUUUAAACAAAACAGUUACUGAUGACCAAAGCACCCAUAGGGAUCAAGAUAGAUCAAAGGAUAAGGGUUAUGAAAGACAGGAUAGAGAGCACAGAGAAAGAGUUGAUCGUUCUGAUAAACCUCGUGGAGAUGAUGUUGAGAAAGCACGAGACAAAUCCUUGGAACGUCAUGGAAGAGAGCGCUCAGUUGAGAAGGGUCUAGAUAAAGGAACAACUAGGAGUUAUGAUAGAAACAAGGAUGAAAGAAACAAAGAUGAUAGAAGCAAACUGCGUCAUAGUGAGGCAUCACUUGAGAAAUCUCAUCCUGAUGAUCAUUUUCAUUCUCAAGGUUUACCCCCACCUCCACCUUUACCUCCUAACAUCGUUCCACAUUCUAUGGCCGCGAAAGAAGAUCUCGAAAGAAGGGCUGGAGGUGCAAGGCAUUCUCAGAGGCUUUCCCCGAGGCAUGAUGAUAGAGAGAGACGACGCUCUGAAGAGAAUUUAUCAGUUUCUGUGGAUGAUGCAAAACGUAGAAGAGAUGACGAUAUUCGGGACCGAAAGCGAGAUGACCGAGAAACAAUCACUGUGAAGGGAGAAGAAAGAGAAAGGGAAAGAGAGAGAGAAAGAGAAAGAGAAAAGAGCCUCCCUUUGAAAGAUGAUUUUGAAGCCUCCAAGAGAAGGAAGCUUAAGAGGGAGCAACAGGUCCCAUCUGCAGAGCCAGGAGAAUACUCUCCUAUGCCACAUCAAUCGUCUUUAUCGACUGGUAUGGGACCAUCAUCGUACGAAGGCAGAGAGCGGAAGAACAGUAGUAUGAUUCAACACGGAGGCUAUCUUGAAGAGCCAAGCAUCAGACUUCUUGGAAAAGAAGCUUCCAGCAAGAUGGCUCGUCGUGAUCCUGACCCAAUGUAUGACCGUGAAUGGGAAGACGACAAGAGGCAGAGAGCAGAGCGGAAGCGGAGAGAUCGGAAGUAGAGAGUGAUGAUUCGCAGAUCCUUUGGUUUGUUCAAUGAAGAGAGAGACAAAUGCCUGGUAUUGAACACUGCUGCUUUUGUUGUACACAUACUAUUCAAUGACCAUGCGGGUCUACUUUGUCAUUUGGCUCCGCCGAGUUUGAUAAAAAUGACUUUCAAGACUUCAGAUAUAUUCAUACCAAUUGACCUAUUCGAAAUUUUCAGAUUUAUGUCGGAGCUUGUAAACUGUAGCUAGCCAGGGAAAUUUAUAGUGUAACAAAUAUCAAAAAAAAUUUUGGGGUUCUCUAUUGUUUUAAAACAGUGUGAUAAAACGUAUGAAUCAGAUAAAAGUCAUCGAACGUCGGUGGAGCAAAAAACCUAAUUCUCUCCCACCUCUCUCCUCUAUCAAACUAAAAGCCGCCGUCUUGUUCUCGGCCAACGUCCGGUGGCUUUACAGCCCCGGCGUUGUGCCGCGUGUGUGUUUUUAGUUGUUUUUUUCUUCUUUCUUUAGUUUCGUUCUCAUCGGCUUUGUAGUUUUCGAGUGGUUUUGGCUUCUCUCGACGAGAUCGGAGGCGGAGUUACUCUGGUUCAAGGUGUAGUUCCGUUAAAGCUUUCGGAGUUUCAGUUGUCUUGCUCGAUCUACCUCUUGUGUUAGGUUCCGUUUCGCCUUGGAUUCGUUUUCUAUUGCUGUUUUGUCGGAGUCUCGCUCUACCAUUGAAGAUCCUGAUCUGGUCUGUCGCGGUGGUCGAUGGUGCUUGUCGGAGUGGGUUCUUAUAUGGGGAUGGUGAUGUUGAUUUCUAGACUGGUAAUUGAUUUCAAUCUCUUCAAGUCAAGCUUGUUUGGUUUAUCCCCGGUUUGCUUGAUGGUGGCCUUAGUUAUUGUUCGUGUCUUAGUUUGUGGGUUAGUUGCUCUGGAUAGCGGUUUCUCCUCCUGAUUGUUUUUGAAUUCUCAGAGUCUUACUUUUGUGGGGUUUUUGUCUGUUCUGUGGUUGGAUCUUGUUUGAGUGAAGUUUCGGUUCUGGCCAUUGUUCCUCUGCCUUGGUGUUGUGUUUUGUAUCGAAUGUCCUGGAAAAUCUCUCGUGUGGUGAGACGGACUCGAUGCCUUUUGCCAUUGGCUCUUUGCUCAUCUUCCUUGGCUGGUUCUUCUGUCUCAUCAAGAUUUGCUUCGUUUGGAGUUCGUGGGUCGCUAUUUUGCCAUCAUAUGCGGUAUCUCUUCCACUUGAGUUUAUCGUCUUCUCGGGGUUGGUUUGGAACGUUUAAUACUACCCAAAGCUCUAUCAAUUCUUUCAGCAGAGAGAGGAGCUAUUCAUGGGUUUUGAUUCGGUUCCUCUCCACAAGACAAAUAAGGCAUUUGUGCGUCGAUCCCUUAGCUUCAAGUUCAGGCCUUUUCCUUUGAGAUUCUUGUGUUUUCUAGUUAAUUCAAUCUUUAGAGGUUUAUCGAUUAGUUUUCUAAGUUUAGCUUAUGGUCUUGUAUUUGGUUGUUUGUUAGCUUCCCUCUUUUGGACUUUUGGCUUCGGGGAUAUCACUAUUUUCCGCCGACUCAUCUUAUCGGGGAUAUUAACUCUUUCCGCCGAUCUUUGUAUCUUUCGAAGGUUUAAUAUGAUUAUUCAGACAAAAAAAAAAAAAAAA